GCCCGUCGUAUGGCUACCCCUCCCACGGCCGCUACUCCUACGGCCACUACCCCUCCCACAGCCGCUACUCCUAUGACCGCUACCCUUCGCACGGCCGGCCGACGUACCUCCCCUCGUCAGACCAGCAGCCCUCGCACGGCCGACCAACGUACCUCCCCUCGUCAGACCAGCAGCCCUCUCGCCAUAGCGGACCCUGGCCCCAGCGCGUCUCCAGCAGCCGGCGCGCGCAGCUCGGGAGGAGAGUGAUCGAUGUCGGCGCGGAAGUCAGCAGCAACCGGGUGACGACGACGAAGCCGGCGCCGGCGCCUGCCGCCGUCACCACCGACAGCACACAGAACUACGUGAAGAACACGGAGCUGUUGGUCAAGAUUGCCACACACUUCGACAAGAAAGGCUGUUUCCGCCGUCUCGUCUGCGAGUGCGAGUACUACGACGACGACAGUGCCUCGCGCACCCUGGAGGAGAAACUCAUCCUUCACGUCUUUGGCAUGAAACGGAGGAAUAGCGGCCACGUGACAGAAACCCGUUACCUGGAGGCGGCCGCCAUCGGAGAGGCGGCACGCCAAAGCGGAAAGCCCGAUCCGUGCGCACCUCUCGCACCCAAAUGCAAGCAAAAUAUGGUGUUGAAGCUGCGGGCAAGAAAGAACAAGCAGCGCUAGUGUCAUCUGGGGAGGAAGGAACGAAACAUUACUUUAAAGGUGGCGUUCGCGGAUUUGAAGCAAAUCUGCUUUCGGAGCGUUUGCGUGAACUUGUCUCGUGCGACCCUUGCAAGCUAUGCAUCGACUUGGGCAAACAGUGAAACGCAGCACGAGAAAGGAUGGGAGGCAACUGUGGGGAGGAUGCUUGCAGCUGAGUGACCGCAGAAGCAGCGAAUUUCAGUGCAGCGGCCGAACAGCUACUGAAAUGCCACGCAUCCGCAAGAUGUGCUGCUUCAUUUGUCGGUGAACCCAUCCGGGCCAUGCAAUAACUGCCGCACAAGUGAAGCCGAUGGCAUCGGAUCUCUUAAUUUGAGUGCGUAUUCUUGCUUAUCCAGUGCCUUGCCCGUUAUUUAUGGAGCGUAGUGAUGCUGAAGUCCGUGGACGCACGGCCGUGCGGCGGACUGAGGUUUUGUUGGGGAUUGUUGGGGAUUCCGGCAGGCGGGGCCGAGUGUGAUCUUCUGUGGGUAUUCAGUGUGUGUGUGUGAUCCUCUGUGGGUAUUUAGUGUGGGUUGUCGGCCGAGGAGGCGCCUGCUUCGACAUGGGGACACAAUAAACGGCGACUCUGUUCA